UUUCUGACUCAUCAAUCAAAUAUGGCGUCUGGUAGAUAGCACAUCUGUCAUUUCAAAAAUUAAAGUGUUAAUUUCGUCGUCAUCGCUUGUAAACAGCAAAGUGUGACCAUGUUUCCGUCAAUAUAAAACGUACUCGGUGCUAAAACACUUGAAAAAAUGGUCGAAAUCGACUUCAUCCAAAAAGAAUACCCUUUACACUGGUUGGUGUGGCAGAACGACUAUAAACAGUUGGAUAUUUUACUGAAAAAGAAAGAGGACGAUAAAGAAAAGUUGGACAAUCGAGGGCGAACCCCGCUAAUGCUAGCCGUCACCUUGGGCCAUUUAGAGUCAGCUCGUUCGUUAUUGAAUAACGAAGCCAACGUAAACUGUGAAAAUGCAGAUGGCUGGACUGUUGUACAAGAGGCAGUGGCCACGGGUGACCCGGAACUGUUACAUAUGGUUUUAGAACGGCGCGAUUUUCAACGAUAUUCGAACCGCAUGGCUGGCAUUCCAGAACUGCUCCAGAAACUCAAAGAAGCGCCAGAUUUUUACGUGGAAAUGAAGUGGGAGUUCACUAGUUGGGUGCCUCUGGUCUCACGAAUGUGCCCCAGCGACACUUACAAAGUCUUCAAACAAGGCUCUAAUGUCCGGAUAGACACCACUUUGCUAGGCUUUGACCACACGAGCUGGCAGAGGGGCAACAGAAGCUACGUGUUCCAAGGCCACAGUGAUGGGGCAACAAUGAUGGAAAUCGACCAUGACAUCCAACAGGUCUAUUGUGAGGAGAUGAAGGCGCCUGACGAGGCUCUUGGCGUUUUAAUCCCAACCGAAGAAUCGGUCUCUCAAAGACUGACAACCCCCAUAGUCACGACAUACGUGGACACGGACAAGAUCAGUUUCGAGAGGAAUAAAGCGGGCAUGUGGGGCUGGAGAUCUGAUAAAAGUGAAGCGGUGAACGGGCACGAGUGUAAAGUCUUCAGUGCGUCGAACGUGGAACUGGUGACGAAAACACGAACCGAACAUUUAACCGAAAGCGAUAAAGCCCGAAGUAGAAAUAAUAAAACACCACUACAGAAUUUUCUAGGCAUUGCGGAAGUUGAAGAGAAUCAAGCAGCCGCAGCCCUUCAAAACGAAUACACAAAGUCCAGUAAUCCGUGUAAUAUAACACCCGAGGAGUAUUUCGACUCGGCGGUGAAUUUACAAAAUCGAGACAUUGGCCGACCUAAAGAAAUUAGCGUUAAAGUGCAGAAAUUCAAAGCGAAUUUAUGGCUGUGUGAGCAAUACCCCCUAUCGCUGCCCGAACAGAUUCUUCCAAUUGUCGAUCUAAUGGCCAUUUCUAGCUCGCAUUUCGCCAAAUUGAAGGACUUUAUACAGAUGCAGCUGCCGUCGGGUUUCCCCGUCAAAAUCGAAAUCCCCCUCUUUCACGUGCUAAACGCGAGGAUAACAUUCGGCAACAUUUUCGGUAUAGACGCGGAAGUGGCGCACGUCCACCGGAUACAGGAAGAGGACAGAUUAACGUGUGUUUUAGACGAGUGUAUUUUCCAAUGUCCCUCAGGAUAUUCUCAGAUUGGUAAUGCUGCGUCCGACGGCCGCAGACAGUUCAGUAUGGAAGAGGAAGACGAUUUGUUACAAUUUGCAAUUCAGCAGAGUUUAAUUGAUGCCGGGACGGAAAAGGAAGAGGUGGACAUUUGGGAGGCCUUGAAAGCCCAGAAACCGUCGCGACCUGCGACUCCAAACCUCGUAGGUGAGGAGGAAAGGCAGUUGCAAAGAGCUAUUCAGGCCAGUUUAGAGCUUUAUCAAAAGAGUACAGAUAGCAGUGAGACUAACGCGGCCGCUGAUCCUGACAUAGAUUCGGACCUGCACAUGGCUCUCAUGCUGUCAGAGCAGGAACGCCGAAAGCAGGAAGAGCAAAGAUUGCAAGAGGAAAAAAUCCUUGAGGAAAUACUACAAUUGUCUCUGACGGAGAAAUAAUUAGGGCCAAAAUAUACAUUUUUAACGAAAUUUUUUCAUACCUCAUUCGUAGCAAUAGCUUUGGGAUGAUAACAAAGCUCGUUCUUUUGACUUAAUCAUUGUAACUUUAUAUUCCAAAUCAAUGCUCCGGGUUAUACUUAAUCACAGUUUCGGUUAUUUGAUCGUUCCUAUUAUUUAUUAUGAUGUUCAGAGUUUUAUUUAUAACGUACCAUGUAACAGGUGCUUAAGUGACACAGUAAAUCAAUUUUGUUUGUUAACGAUAUGUACAUAAUCUUUAAUAAAAUGUUUCUUCCAAUAAAA